AUGUUUUUACAGGUUUAUAAAUGCAAAUUAGCUCUUGAAACUGAAGAUAACAUUGUUGCAUAUGGAACUUAUUUACGAGAUUCACAGAUUUCCAUUGAUGGUGCUGAUAUAUUAGUGGUCAUCCUUUACCCUCUUCAACCUAAUGCACUUCUUCCAUUCCCACUUUCUGAAAACAUUAGGACAAUAAGGGAGGGUGUUGGAUAUGAGGUUUUGUGGCCUAUUGCAUUUGUGAUAAAUGAUGAUGAUGAGGAUGUUGGCAAGAGGAAGAAUAAAAUGAAGAAGAUACAAGCAUCCCCAAAGAAAAUCAAAUAUGAGAAUCCUAGAGAUGUACAACUGUUUUCUAAAACAGUUUCAGCAAUGUUGGAGGGUAAACCGGCACCCAAAGUUGACUUUCCAAUCAAUGUUUUUGGGAUGAAAUUUCAAACUUUCCUCUUGACAAGUGAAAUGAAUGAUGUAAUUUCUGCAAAAGAGUUGACUAUGAAUUGCAUAUGUUUCUAUAUUUGGCGGUUGCAUGAACAUCUGGAUGAGACACUACAAGAGAAAAUUAUAUUUAUUCAUCCAGGAAUGGUGUCCAAGGCUGGAACAAUAGCCCCACAAAUUGAAAAAAGAGCAAGGUUCAUUGCUGAUCGCCUAAUUGACUCUAAAUUGGCAGACUUGGUUUUUCUUCCAUAUAACCCAAGGUAA